CGCCACAGCGCCGAGGCCUCGCAGGAGCUGCUGCGCUGGGGGCUCCGCCUGGACCUCGACAUCCACAGGACCGAGGGCCGCAUCCUGCCCAUGGAGAGGAUCAAACUGCACAGCUCCUUCAUGCCCACCGAGGACCUCAGCUGGAACAAGGAGGUCGUGAGAGAAGCCUCCAUCUCGACGAACCUGGCCAAGGACCUGGUGUCUGCCAUGGAGAGCGUGUGCGGCCCCGUCGGGAUGCACAUCAGCCGCCCUGCCCUGGUGGAGCUGAAGGACGAUCGCAUCGAGACCUACGCCAAGACCAUCCGGAGCAUGUUGAACAGUGAGGACAAGGUGCAGAUUCUCCUGUGCAUCAUCUCUGGCAGCCGGGAGGAUCUGUAUGCAGCCAUCAAGAAGCUGUGCUGCGUGCAGUGCCCGGUACCCUCCCAGGUGAUCAAUGCGCAGAACCUCAGCGGGCAGCCGGGCAAGAUGCGCAGCGUGGUGCAGAAAGUCUUGCUGCAGAUGAACUGCAAGCUGGGGGGCGAGCUCUGGGGGGUCGACGUCCCCCUGAAGCAGCUGAUGGUCAUCGGCAUGGACGUCUACCACAACCACAGGAAAGGGAUCCGCUCCGUCCUCGGCUUUGUGGCCUCCGUCCCCAGCGUCCUCACCAGGUGGUAUUCCAGGGUGGUUUUCCAGAUGCCGCACCAGGAGAUCGCCGACAGCCUCCGGCUCUGCGUGGCCGAUGCGCUCCAGCACUUCCAUGAGAUGAACCACUGCUUGCCCAAGAAGAUCGUGGUGUACCGGGACGGCGUGUCCGACAGCCAGCUCGACACCGUGCUCAAGUACGAGAUCCCGCAGAUGCAGAAGUGCUUCGACACCUUUGAGAACUACGAGCCGGGCAUGGUGGUGGUGGUGGUGCAGAAGCAGAACAGCACCAACUUCUACACCCUGACAGAGGAGCAGUUCGUGUCCCCUCCGCCGGGGACGGUCAUUGACCACACGGUCACCAGCUCCCAGUGGCAGGAUUUCUUCCUGCUGGCCCAUCACUCGCGGCAGGGCUGCAGCAUCCCCACGCGCUACAUCUGCUUGCUCAACACGGCCAACCUCAGCUUCGAGCACAUGCAGAGGCUCACGUUCAAGCUGUGCCACCUCUACUGGAACUGGCCGGGCACGGUGCGUGUCCCGGCGCCCUGCAGGUACGCGCACAAGCUGGCCUUCCUGUCGGGGCAGGUCCUGCACCACGAGCCCAGCGCCCAGCUCUGCGACAAGCUCUUCUUCCUCUGA